GCAUAGUCCCUUGGCAGCUUCUUUUUAGGAUUAGUUUGCGUCAUCGGCAUUAAUAAAGCUCCUACCUGCAAACUUUGACCUUGUGUAAGCCGACGAGGCGCAGGGACUGGUAACUGACUUCAUUUGCAAAAAACCUGAACGCGUCACCAGAAUCUCGGUUUUCCAACGUUUGUAUUAUGGCCCCAAAGCGCGCAAAGCCUCAGUCAUAUGUGGACUUGACCCUCGACGAGGACGAGGACUACCUUGAAGAGACCCGCCCCAAGCGACGCCGGACUGCUGCUAAUCGGCAAAAGGCAUCUGACGCAUCCGGCGCAGAUGCUGGCGCUGGCCCGGGCCCAAGCACCGCAGUGGCGGGACCGACGUCGCCCCUCCCAUCGGCUGGAAAAACAGCCCGAGGGAGGAAGAAGGCUGCAUCCAACGCAGAGCCGGAGGAGAGGCGAGUAGAUGAGCGCGGUAGUGCGGUAAAAUACCGGCCCAAGGCAUCGCAGGAUGUCCUGGCGCGUAUAGGCCGCGCCAUGCCAGGUUCCGCCCACCGAAUGUUCCUGGUGGAUUCACGGCAGCUUGCACCGGUGGGGGCGCCCGGAGGCCCAGCCCAGGAAUUCCACGUGCUGGGCGCCACCGGUAACGUGUACGAGGUGCGUGUCAGCCGCCAGCCCCGCUGCUCCUGCCCCGACUUCCGCAAGGGUCACCUGUGCAAGCACAUCCUGUUUGUGAUGCUGCGGGUGCUGCGGCAGCAGCCGGACAACCCGCUCAUAUGGCAGAGCGCCCUCCUGACACGUGAGGUGGAGCAAGUGCUGGCGCCCCUCACCACCGCUGCAGCGGCGGCAGCAGCAGGAGGCGGCGGAGCAGGUCCCAGUGCUGCUGCGGGUGCUGGUGCUGCUGCUGGUGGUGGUUUGGCGGCCGGGUUGGUGGACCAGUCGGUGUUGGCGAGUGAGCUGGUGCGGCAGCGGUACGCGGCCAUCACAGGAGGGGGCGGAGCAGCUGCUGCUGGCGGUGUUGGUGCUGGUGCCGGGGCCGCUGCUGGGGCCGCUGGCGGUGCUGCUGCCGGGGGUGCUGCUGGGGGUGCGGCCGGAACCGUUCAGCGGCCCGUGGAGGGCGACUGCCCCAUCUGCUACGAGGAGAUGGUGGCGGGCGGGCGCGAGGCAAUCACCUUCUGCAGGAGCUGCGGCAACAACAUGCACACCGACUGCGUCAAACGUUGGGCCGACAGCAAGCGGGGUCAGACCGUCACCUGCGUCUACUGCCGAGCGCCCUGGACCACCAACAACAACACCAAUAACCCGGGGGGAGCAGCUGGGGGCCGAGCUGGCAGGGCAGCCGCCGCCGCUAGCGGGGCUGGCGCGGACGGCGAGGCGGCCUCUCCCUACGUGAAUCUGUCGCAGUACAGCGACGCGCACCGGCAGGAGGCGAGCCUGGAGGAGCUGUACGGCGACAACGCCCUAUUCAUCCGGGCGCAUGCGGGGCAGAUGGGCUUGCGGCAGGCGGCACGGAUGCAUGCGGCGGCGCGGGGCUGGGUGUGAGGGGCGGCGGGGGGGGGGGCUAAGAGGUUGAGAGGUUUGGGUGUUGGUGGUUGCUAGGACGGAGCAGCGUGCCUAACCACAUUUGGUUUGGUUCAGAGACGGUGGUGAGAGGAGGAAGCAGGUUUACGGGGUAGGAUGCCGGUGUUUUGUUGCCGAGAAAAGCAGUGAAGGAGCCGCGAGGGCUGUCCGGUGAGGCUGUAUGUACCUGGAGCCGGCAGAUGUGGGCUUGAAACAUUGCCCUUGCUGGAGGAGAGGAAUAAGUGUAUGAAGUAGCGUUUGGGAUUGUUAUGUACUCUAUUAUGCCCUCCUCCGGGAGGGCGGGCUCUUGUCCGUUAUUUACCCGGCCUGCUGGGCAUCGAGGAAUCAGUGCUACUGACAAUCGCGACAGAUGGUUUACCGGCUGACAGGUGUUGUGUUGUGAGUCCACGGCAGGCGCGGAGCACAUUGGUCUGUGCAUGCGGCUUGUUUGCUUACACUAACACACCCUCAGGCACCAAUAAGAGUGCGGUGCUGUGGGAAGAAGGUUUGACAUGGCGAUUGUUACUGAUGGCAUGUGGUGGAAAUAAUUUCGUUUAUUUUUACAGGGUGGGUAACAAUCCCCAACCGUAUCCUUAAACUCAGGAAUGCUACAGCGUUGACCCAUAUC